UAUAUAUAUAUAUAUAUAUAUAUACACACUCUAUAUAUACAUAUAUAAACAGGAAAAGUUAAAUGACAUUUUAUCAGCAUCACUUUUAGAGUUUCUGUUUUUGAAUCUGCCUCCAUGUCACUGACACUAUGACACUAUAACACUAUGUCACUGUCCUGCCAACAUCCUGCUGUGUGUCUGUGUGGGCGGAUGCAACCUAAAACAAGUCAAACAGGUCGAACCAACCUCCAGAAUAAACUCCACCAGGAUGUCUGCUGAUGGAAGAAGAGAGGGCUGAUUUAAAGUCUUUUCUGUGGGAAUCUACUUCAUUUUUCUUUUUGACUGUUACUGAUUUAAACCAGAGGAGACAACCGAGACAGACAGAGACAGAGAAGAGAUAGAAGAGACAGAUAUCAGGUAUGAACAACAAGCUGCAACAUGACCAACAUGACUUCACUCUCAGUGAAGCAACGAGAGAGUUUCUGACUCGGAGCUGUUGAAGGGAGGACAGGGAAGUAAAGUUAAACAGAGCUUAUAAAUUAGUGCUUUAAACUAGUGAUGGACCUGUCUUCGUUCUCCAGUUUAAAGAGGGAAAUAUCUUUGAAUUGUUUUUACUUCUUUCGUGCUCAAACGUGUCCGGGGAGGUCGGUGCCAACAGCUCUGUGGAGCACAGGACUGCUGCUCAGCCUCCUCGGUCUCUGCUCCUGUCUGGAGGAGAAGUGUGUCCUCGGCAUCGUGGGACGACCUGUCUCUCUGCCCUGCGUCCAUCCUCAGUUACUACCAGUAGUGAACUCCACCAUUGAGUGGAGGAGCGGUAAAGAGGUGGUGCUGAGGUCAGAGUUCAAACAGGAUGGAGAUGUGGAGGAGUGGAGCAUCAACAGAGCUACGACCCCAGCAGACGCUGCAAAGACUGGAAACUUCUCCCUGCAGCUGCCCAAAGUGGAGCCCACCAGACUCACCAUGAACUACAGUCUGAGCAUCAUCUCAGGGGAGAACUGGAGCAGCGAGCUGUGCACCGUGUGCCUCCGGACAGCAGCCAGUUUCAGCUCCCCGCUGCUGAAGAGAGAGGAUGCGGAGGAGGAUGGAGUGGAGUCGUCCUUCCUGUGUCUCUCCAGCGGAGGUUUCCCUGAACCGGUAGUUUACUGGCUCAUCAACAACACAGAGGAGCCCCCCGAAGGCUCGGUGAGGACGCUGGCUGCACCGCUCCCAGACUCCCUCCUCUACAACGUCACCAGCCAGCUGACGGCCAACAUUACCAAGGACGUCAUCGUGUCGUGCUUCAUAGAGAACCCGUCCAUGAACAAGACCUUGUCGUCCACAAACUACGGAGCGAAGGUCAGCCCGGUGGUGAGCCGAGCAUCACAGGCCAUGUGGAUGUUCAGUACGGGUCUCUGUGUGGUGGUUGGGAUCCUGGUUCUGGUGGGAGUCAUCUAUCAGAUUCACCUGGACCGGAUGAGUAAGAAGAAGAAGAAGGAGUUCCAAAAGCAGAACUCCUACAACGGAUAUAAACGGAGACCGGACUUCGAGGAGACGGAGGAGCUGAAGACGGAGAGAAUAGAGACGGACGUGUGAAAUAAAACCCUCAUCAAACUGAGGAAAGCACUGAUGUGUAAAUAUGUAAUAUUUGAUUGUGACUGCUGGAUUCACCACUUCAAUAUCCAGCAUCAUCGCCGUGUUGGGAUGUUAAACAGACAAUGUAGAUAUUAGUGUUAGUGACUAGUAAGACUAUCUCACCACUUCACCUCUGUGUUUACUAGACCUUUGUGUUUCAAGCUUUAAUAAAGAUGCUCAAACUCAAA